GACGGCUUCCUCUAAUAUGGCGGAAGUGACGAAGAAAAGUAAACAGAGGACCUGUCAAAUGAUCUAAAAUGAAACGUUUGCGUGUAAAAGGGACGAUUUGAACGAGAAUACGGUUACAAGAAGACAGGAGUCAAACCGUCCUGUGAUGUUUACAGACAUGGACUAUGACUUGGAGGAGGAUAAAUUGGGGAUACCAACUGUACCUGGCAGCGUAUCCUUGAAGAAAGAUGCUCAGAAUCUAAUAGGGAUCAGCAUUGGGGGUGGCGCACAGUACUGCCCCUGUCUCUAUAUUGUACAGGUGUUUGAUAACACCCCAGCAGCUCUGGAUGGGACACUGGCAGCUGGUGAUGAAAUCACAGGGGUGAACGGCAAACCUGUAAAAGGAAAAACCAAGGUGGAGGUGGCCAAAAUGAUUCAAGCUGUCCAGGGAGAAGCAACAAUCCAGUACAACAAACUGCAGGCAGACCCCAAACAGGGGAAGACUCUGGAUAUAGUACUAAAGAAAGUAAAGCACCGCCUAGUGGAAAAUAUGAGCUCAGGCACAGCAGAUGCUCUUGGACUCAGCAGAGCUAUUCUGUGCAAUGAUGGGCUGGUCAAGAGACUGGAAGAGUUGGAGAAAACAGCAGAGCUUUACAAAGGGAUGAUGGAGCACACGAAGAGACUACUCAGAGCCUUCUUUGAGCUUUCUCAAACUCAUAGAGCUUUUGGGGAUGUGUUCUCUGUCAUCGGAGUUCGAGAACCACAGGCUGCAGCCAGUGAGGCCUUUGUGAAGUUUGCAGAAGCUCAUCGCAACAUUGAGAAAUUUGGCAUUCAGCUACUGAAGACCAUCAAGCCCAUGCUCCAUGAUCUGAACACAUAUCUUCAUAAGGCUAUACCGGACACAAAGCUCACUAUCCGCAAGUACCUGGAUGUAAAGUUUGAAUAUCUGUCAUACUGCCUGAAGGUGAAGGAAAUGGAUGAUGAAGAGUACAGCAGCAUUGCUAUGGGAGAGCCCAUGUAUCGUGUCAGCACUGGUAACUAUGAGUACCGUCUGAUCUUGCGCUGUCGACAGGAGGCUCGUGCCCGCUUCGCCAAGAUGAGAAAGGACGUGCUUGAGAAGAUAGAGUUACUGGAUCAGAAACACGUCCAGGACAUUGUGUUCCAGCUGCAGCGCUUUGUGUCGGGCAUGUCGCGCUACUACGAUGAGUGCUACGCCGUUCUGAAGGAGGCCGAUGUCUUUCCCAUCGAAGUGGAUCUCUCCCGCACCAUGAUCAACUAUGGCAGCCAGUCCCACUCGUACACAGAGGAGGAGGAGGAGGGGGAGUGUGGUGGAGGAGGUGAAGGAGAGGAAGGAGGCAGCGGGGCAGGCAGACAAGCUGAGAAUGGUGCUGAGAAGCUGAUCGAUGAUUACUGAGAGCGUGUGUGUGGUGUGAUUGCGGUCACGCAGAGUGUCAGUCUAUGCCUCGGUUCAUUUUCACUAGCAGUUCAUCUCAACGCACUCACCUAGCAAUGAUCUUUGGUGUGGAGUAUGACAACUGAAAAAGUUUUAAGAAUGUCAAAACGUGCUCAACGCUGGAUUAUACUACUGACAAAUGCUGCUUUACCACUGUACAUGGGCCUUGUUGGUGUAUCUUUCAGUACACCUUAAUGAUUUAUAGAAAGGUUAUAUAUUCCUUUAACAUUACUAUGGCAUUAUCUUUCACUGUAGUAGAUUUGGGGUUCUCAGUGACCCCAGAAAAAAAGUUUCUAAUUUACUAUGAUGUAAAAGCUGGGCAUUUUUAAGGCCAGUCAUCCCUCAGAAAUUCAUUCAUUGCUAAAUGAGUGUGACAUGUGACUUACUUUCCCCUGAAGGCUUAAAGGGGCUCUGACAGUAUGCAUAUGGGGCGUGCCUUCUUCGGUAUCUUUGAAUUUAUAACCAAUGGGUUGUGGGAUCUAUUUAGUUUUGAAGAUGUGUAUUAAGUGCUCUCUAAGGCACUUUGCACAUUAUAGGGUUAACAUUUAUUUUUGUCCUUUGGCUACUUUUAAAAGUCUUUUUUUUUGGGUGAAAGGGCCAAGAGAAGCAUAUUUUUGUCCUUGUUGUGGGAGGCGACUGGUAAAUCAACAAAAUAAUUCAUUUUAAGAUACACAACUCAUGACUGCAGGUGCAGGUUUGUUCUUAGACUGGAGGUUUUGUUACACACACUGCUGACACACUGCAGCUUUUUGUCUGACCCAAGCAUGCCCAUCCUGUCUUAAAAGGUGUGUGUCCACUGAGUAUUUAGUUUUUAUAAAGCUAGUUUGAGAAAAAAAGUUUUAAUUUAGUUUGACACCUCCAAACCAUGGCCAUUGGCAUCUCUUUUUCAGAGUGCACCAUUUUCCCCUCUUCUUAAUUUAAAUUUAGACUAUUUCAAAAUAUUUCUCGUCUGUACCUAAAGAGAGUUGACUGGCCUCUGUUACCCGCAUUGGGAAGUCCAUUUAAUUCCCCAUUGGUCAAGAAGUAUAUCUUACCAGGGCUUUCAUUCCUGUAUUACUCUACUCAGCCUCCCACCUUAAUUUCUCAUGACAUUAUCAUGAGUUAAUGGACUGCCCAUUCUCCACUUGAAAUCAUUUUUUUCUUCUGUUUUUGUUUUUUGUUUUCAGAACAGUGCUGUGGUUUCCCAUUAGAAUGAUCGAUUGGGAUGUUGGUAUAGAUUUAUAAUGGAGGCACUUAAUCUCAGGUUUCUCCAGCAUCCCAUCAGUGUGUUCUGACUGGGAAAAAGGCUUCAGUGGACACAUGCCGUGACGGAGUCAUGGUACUUGGUGGUGAUGGCAUAAUAAACAAACACUACAAAUGUAGCUAAAUAUUUACAAAGGCAAACAAUGUAGUUUCGACCAAAUUUGACUCAAAGUCCUAAAUGAUGUGUUAUAAGAAUGCUACUGUAUUGUUACUGUUUUUAUGGUAUCUUAUAUUUGAAAGUUAUAACUAUCAGUAAAAAAAUUGAAGUAUGAGUCUGCAUAUACACCCACUAGGCCUUUGGUCUAUGCCGUUGUUUUUGGACCGUCAACUCUCGUUGAAAAUGUUAGUUGCACACAACAUUCCUUGGUGGAGGAGUCAAUAUGUGUCCGUUUGUCAUUUAAUAUAUUUUCAUGUUUAUGAUAAAUAUUUAAAGUAGGUGUUUGAAAACUCAUCCAACCAUUGGGAGCACUGUUACUUAUGUGCACUUUCAAUUAUGUUAAAGAAAUGGAUUUCUUUUCCUCUAAAAAAGCAAGACAGACACAUUCAAUAAAAGG